CCGCUGCUCCGCCCCACUCCUGCGCCUGCGCGGGCGUCGUUCGCUACGCAAAGUGCGUAGCGGCCAGCUGAGACUCCGAAGCCGUGCGCCUCGCCCGGCGUGCAUCUCUUGGAGAAUCGGCGCAAGGUGCGCUGCCGGCGGGCGUCCGGGGUUACGGAUGGCGGCGGGCGUCCGAGAGGCGGGCGGAGAUCAGUCCGCACGCAGCAAGCACCCGGGUUACCCGUGCCCUGGGCCGUCCGCUCUUAAUGUUAAAGCGACCACCAUUUUCUACACUGAGAUCCCCAAGCCUAGAUCGAGAUCAGCGUGCCCCUAUGGGGGCGGCAACGACUUCCCCGCAAAGUCUCUGAAGGAAACUUCCGCCCACAACAAAGAUGGCAACCGGGCCCCGCCCCCUAGCUUCUGUCUGCGGGACCCCGUGCUUCGGCCUACGGGCACUUGCACCUGUCCUGGCAGCAGAGGCCCAUAGAUCCCCACGGAUCGCCCUCCUGGGUGCCCUGUCCCUUUUCCCGCACCCGGGCGGCUAUCCAGCCAGGAAAGAGCUUCUGAGAUGGCACGGGGAGUGGUCCCCAAGGUGGGCAGCGCGAGGCCUCCACAACCUGGAGGAGUAGGAAGGAGCCAGUCUCCCCAUCCCGAUCACUCUGUCCAGGGGGAGCAAUAGCCAUCGCAGCGAACAUUGCAUCCGACGGCCGAGCUUCAGUGGACGGCUCUACAAGUAGUCACUGAGCUGUUUACAGAGUUUUCACCAGCUCCCCAGGGAGGUGUCAUUAGCCCCAUUUUCUAGGAGGGAAUUCGGGCCCAGAGGGGCUGGAGGACUUAUCGGCCGAAGCAGGCCUCCAGGAUCCAAAUGGGAACCCCAAAGCAGCCCUCGCUGGCUCCUGCACACGCCUCAGGCGUGAGGAAGUCGGAUCCCGGAAUCCGGAGCCUAGGGAGCGACGCGGGAGGAAGGCGGUGGAGACCAGCAGCCCAGAGUAUGUUCCAGAUCCCAGAGUUUGAGCCGAGUGAGCAGGAAGACUCCAGCACUACAGAUAGGGGCCUGGGCCCUAGCCUCACUGAGGACCAGCCAGGUCCCUACCUGGCCCCAGGUCUCCUGGGGAGCGUCGGUCAUCAGCAGGGACGGGCGGUCAACAGCAGUCAUCAUGGAGGCGCUGGAGCCGCGGAGACCCGGAGUCGCCACAGUUCAUAUCCCGCGGGGGCCGCGGAGGAUGAAGGGACGGAGGAGGAGCUCAGCCCCUUUCGGGGCCGCUCGCGUUCGGCUCCCCCCAAUCUCUGGGCUGCGCAGCGCUAUGGACGCGAGCUCCGAAGGAUGAGCGAUGAGUUUGAGGGUUCUUUCAAGGGACUUCCUCGCCCAAAGAGCGCAGGCACUGCAACGCAGAUGCGACAAAGCGCCAGCUGGACGCGCAUUAUCCAAUCCUGGUGGGAUCGAAAUUUGGGCAAAGGAGGCUCCGCCCCCUCCCAGUGAUCUGCUCUACAUUCCCGGAACUCGACCCUUUCCCGCCAUAUUGUAUGUGGGCGGAAGUCUUCCAAGGCCUUAGGGGAAAAGGGGUGGGAAUUGCUGUGUCCCUAAAACUGGGAGGAGAGCUGAGUCCCUUCCGGUGCGUGCAAUAGUUAUCAAGGGGUGGUUCUCGUUGGGAGUUUCAAGUUUUCCCACCCGCCCCCAGCCUCCGGAAGUGGCUGUUUUCCCCUCUCCGGUACCCUGCUGCCCUCAGGCGCCAGUGCUAAGUUGCGAGCCCGGGUAAACGGUGAAUGGGCUACUACCCAAUUGACCGAACUGGGGACCCGUGGUCGCCCAAAAGUGCUUUAUAAUAAAGCCGCGCCUGUGC